AGCAGACGGAGGAACCCUUUUUACCCUGCACCAUCAUUAAACGCUUUUUUUGGUCCAAUAAUCUCAAUCAGUUAGUCGUAUUUUCACGCGUCGCUUUUUUCUUUUUCUUUUUUGUUAAUGUGUCUAUAGUCUGAAGGAAUCGUCCUGUCGAAUAAAUAUGAACAGGCUGCGUAUGAGUGUCCUUUAUGUGCAACCAUCAGCGCAUCCAUCGUUCGGCGUCACAUCGCGGCUACUCCAAACGCUUUGUGUCACGCAGCAGGUUGACCAAACAGAGGCAACACCGAUCCCGAAUCACUGACAUGUUGCGUCCAGCUUGAUGUUUGCAUCCAGCAUCCAGUGACCGGCCAGGAUGUUGAGUCGAGUGUUGAGCGGCAGUCUUCGGAGUCUGGACAGAGAAUUCAACUGCACCGUGCGGCUGCUGGACGACACGGAAUACACCUGCACGGUCCAGAGAGACGCAAAGGGUCGAUGGCUAUUUGAGCAGAUCUGCCAUCAUUUGAGCCUGUUAGAGAAAGACUACUUUGGCAUCAGAUAUGUCGACCCAGAGAAACAAAGGCAUUGGCUAGAGUUAAACAAGCCAAUUGCCAAACAGAUGAGAUCGCAACCACCCUUCAUCAUGUGUUUACGGGUGAAGUUCUAUCCACCUGAUCCUGCUGUACUCAAAGAGGAGAUCACCAGAUAUUUGGUCUUUUUGCAGAUUAAGAGAGAUUUGUACCAUGGCCGACUGCUAUGCAAGAGCUCUGAUGCUGCCCUGCUGGCUGCUCAUAUUCUACAAGCUGAAACUGGAGACUACACUCCAGAGAAGCAUCCAGAAGGCUACAGCUCCAAAUUUCAGUUCUUCCCCAAGCACUCUGAACGCCUUGAACGCCGCAUCGCUGAAAUUCACAAAACCGAGCUAAUAGGCCAGACUCCUGAGACAUCUGAGUUGAAUUUCUUAAGGAAGGCUCAGACUCUGGAGAUGUACGGAGUUGAUCCACACCCUUGUAAGGAUGUGUCAGGAAAUGCUGCGUUUUUGGGUUUCACUCCAUCUGGCUUUGUGGUGCUUCAAGGAAACCGACGAGUUCACUUCCUCAAAUGGAAUGAGGUCACCAAAAUGAAGUUUGAGGGGAAGACGUUUCACAUUUAUGCAAACCAACAGGAAGAUCAGAAUAUCAUCCUGACCUACUUUGCACCAACGCCUGAAGCAUGUAAGCACCUGUGGAAGUGUGGAGUGGAGAACCAGGCUUUCUACCAGUUUGAGAAAUCCAGUCAAGUACGGACAGUGUCCAGCAGUAAUCUCUUCUUUAAAGGGAGUCGUUUCAGAUACAGCGGGAAGGUGGCUAAGGAGGUGAUGGAGCAAAGUGCCAAAAUCAGACGGGACCCACCGGAAAUCCACCGGGCUGGGAUGGUCCCGAGUAGGAGUUGUCCUUCCAUCGCUCACGGCCCACGACAGAGCAGUAUUCCACGAACUUCCAGAAGAGCAGUCCAUAUGUCUAUAAUGGAGGGCUUGGAGUCUUUACGUGACAGUGGUCACUCCACUCCGGUGCGGUCUCUCACCCGGGGCGACUCUUUACUGAGGUCCCAGAACAAUUUUUCUGAAGGUAAAAAUGGGGCGUCUGAAUUUUCUGAGGAAUUGUACAGGCCCACUGACAGCGUGUUACCCACACCUGUCUCCAGCAACUGUUCACUGGACCAGGCCUUGUGUCAGCAUAUCAACAGCCCUCCCAGUGUCCAAGAGGAGAAAAAAACGGAAGCAGGCAUUCCAAAAAGCGGGAGGCUGGUUGUUGCUAAGUUUACAGGAAGAGUCUAUCACCUGGGAAAGAUCCAGACACCCACUGGUAGCAUGGAGGUAAAGCAAGUAAGUAAGGUGAUUGGAAGUUUGGCACGGCUCUUCUUGGUGACCCUCACUCUGCUCCUGGCUCUCCUCCUGCUUCUUAUUGCUCUGACAGAGUCUGAACUCGACGUGGCCUUUCUGAGGGACAUCCGACAAACAGCUGAAUUUCAGCAAUUCCACAACGAAUAUUUUUGCCCGCUGAGACGCUGGCUAGCGUUAAAGCUGCGCUGGAUGUGAGGCUAGCUGAUGAAUAAAUGAGAGACUGGGAAUGUGUGACAGGCUUUUCCAUUUUCUAUCACUAUUCUAUUAUGGCAUCAUGUACUUUAAACUUUCAACUCAAACCCAGGCCAAAGCCACAGACGUCCCCAGUGCCAUGCCACGAAGACUGUGUACAUGUUUCUCGUUAUUGUAAAAAAAAAAAAAAAAUUCCUCAUUAGUGUUACCUUGGUCUAAGUAGAAAAUGUUAGCAAUUAGACCACAGUGCUGUUGACUUUUUGAUUCUGAUUGGUCAGAAGGUGUAGAUUCAUUUUUUUAAAUAAAAGCAGCUCUGACGGUAGUGCUGGCUAUAAUUCAAAACAUAGGUUUAUAUUAACAUUCGAAAAUGUUAUUAUUUCUAUAGAAACAACUUAUUCACAGGGACUACUUCACUACGGCAGACGAUCUACAUAAUCUAAGGCUAAUAAUAAACAAACAAAAAAACAUUAAUUAUUAUUAUUUAACAAAGGAGAAACUAUAAUCGCUAAUAUGGUAAAGCUUUUUUUUUUUUAGGAGAUGUUUAUUUGAAUUUAUGGAAGGAGUCUAGUGUGGCUUUUAAGGGGAUGAUUUUUUGUAGCUGCUAUACAGGAACUAACUUGUCUUGCAGUCGUUCCAGAUUAUUUAGUCUAACAAAAAAACAGAUAAAACGCAUGUGUCGUUCAUUAACGAAUUAAAAAUCGCCACCCUUGGCAAAUCACUGUGGUACACCGUAAGAGGAAUAAAACACUUCCAGGCAUGCUGUUGUAGAACAAUAAUCAACAGUGACUCCACUUCAUGCUGGAUCGCAUGACGCCACAUCAUUGUUGAUCAUUUAUUUUUUUUUGUACCAGCACAUCUGGAUUUGUUUUAUUCCUAACUAAUCAAUUUCCUCCUCACCUAGUCUGUGCUUUUCAUGGCAUGUGGAUAUCAGAUGGACUGAUGGAACAUGUUUUCAUCUCUUUUUCAGUUUUACUGUGUUAUCCUCCUGUUUUUUUUUCAUUUUCGCUGUUCAUGACCCAAUUUUUUUCCCUCACUUACAUUACACAUUUACUAUGUGACAAGUGACCGAAUACUGCAGACAACGUUUUUUUUUUCUUUUUCUUUUUAUGCUGGAUUAUAUGUACAAUAGUAAGCUGCAAAAGGAACUUCCUGAAAAAAGGUAAACUGAUAAAUGAUUUGAGAGCCCAACAGAUAUUUUCCUAUGUGAUUAAUACUUUGCUUUUUAGUCAUGUGCCAUUAAUAUCAAUCUUCUCCUUUAAGGGUAAUAACACUGGGUUAAUAUGUGUGAUAUGGAGGCUAAAUCUUUUUUAUUAGUAGUAUUAUUAUUAUUAAGGAAUGGUUGUACAGAAAUUUAUCUAACAUGGAUUCCUUCUUGCCUUAAUUAUGCGCCAUUCGACUUUUUAUUUAAACAUUUUAUAGAAGUUUUUUUUUGUUUUUGCAGAGUGAUGCAUAUUGCAAGUCAAAGUCAUCCUUGUCAAAGGAAAAAAAGUACUUCCAUGUUUUGAACGUUGCUGAGCCUACUGGAGCAAUAUUUAUUGGUUUAUUGAAAUAUCUAUGUAUUUACAAAAACAACAGACAAUGGAACUGUAUCAAUGAAUGAAGUAAAGUGUCACACCAUGUGUUUUCGUAAUUUGU